AGGCACCAGGGUCCGAAAGAUCAUAAUGCGGAAAUGCUUUCAGCAUUCUCGGCAAAAAAAAAGUUACUUCCUCUGAAAUAGGAACAGUCCAAGAAACAGACGCAUGAAGAUCUACGUUAAGUAACAGUAAAGUUAGUGAGACAACAGCAAUGUGGCAUUGCUGUUGAAGACUCAUUGCGGAGACGGCUUGUCCCGGCUUUCUUGCUGCAGAGCCGAGCUGGCUUGACCAUGGCUGGGACCCCUCUGAUGCUGAGCGUCGGCCUUAUCGAAAAAGACACCAAUGGCGACGCACUAUGGGUGUGGUGUUACCCCACCAUUACAGCAGAACUCCGAGAGCUGCUUUUAAGGAAAUGCUCUCUCACUGGUGAAAAUGAUGUCUUCCCUACCUUUGUCUUUGGCCAGUUCAAAAGAACUUGGUACUAUAUCACAACCACACAAGUCCAGGAUCCUACUGCAUUAUCUAAGGUGACCCAUUUCUCUAUAGUGCUAACUGCCAAAGAUUUUAACCCAGAAAAAUAUGCGGCGUUUGGGAGAGUGUUAUGUAGGACCUACAUGAAAUAUGGUAAUCCAGCCAAAAUUACGGAAGGUUACAUUUCUGUUCUUACAAAUGGCAUCUGUCAAAGUGAAGAGAAUGGAUCAUUCUUUACAAAGGACUAUGAUGCAAAGAAGGCAUAUCUUGCAGGAUCCAUCAAAGAUAUAGUGAAUCAGUUUGGAAUGGAAACUAUUAUUCUGUACACGGGACUGAUGCUGAAGAAAAGGAUUGUGGUCUACCAUCCUCGUAUUGAAGCUUUGCAGGAAUUUAUCAGGACAUUGCCCACAUUAACUUGGCAUCGGCAGGACUGGUCAAUACUCCACCCUUACAUGCACUUAAAUCAAAAUGAGCUUGAGGCACUGAAAAUUUGCACUGGUUACGUGGCUGGUUUCACAGACUUAAAGGUGACUGACCGGCCAGGCAUCUACGAUGUAUUUGUGAAUUUGGUGGAAAGUGAGAUCAUCAUCGCACCCCAUGCUAAAGAAACAAUGACAAUGGGUAAGCUGCACAAAGAUAUAGGACAACUCAUUGUCCAGUCAGCUGGUGACCCAGAGAAAUCAGAUGGCCAAGUGAUUAAGGACAUUUCACAUAAAACAAAGGAAAUAUUGACCACUUUAGCCUCACUUGCGCCAGACGAGGAGGGGAAAUCCAAGAUCACUCUGGAGAUCCUAAAGGAGCGGCGUUUUCCACCCGCAACCGAGAGCUUCCUGUAUCACCUGGCAGCUGCUGAACAAAUGCUGCAGAUCUGAUCGCUGUUCUACCUUUCACAUAGUGGACCAAGAUCAAUCAACAGAGAAGUACCCACCAACCUAACUGCUCUGGUUGCAAAAUGAAUAAAUGAUUGAAAUUGAACCUGCACCAGGCAUCUCACUUCUGACCUCGGUGAUGUACGAUAAAUGGGACCUCUGCAUGGCCAUUGAUUUUCUAUGAAAAUAUUUCUAUUAAAAGAACCUGCCACUUUUUGCUUUGAUCAUAAAAAAAAAACUUCUUCAGAAGCCCUGAAAGUUUUUAUCAGUUAAAAAAUGUGUCCCUCAUCGCAGUUCUCAGUCACAUCCUCCAGCACAUCAAGAGCAUGAUUUCCUGCAACACCAAGCCAAUUGGAACUUUGAUCCCCAGCACUCUCUCAUCUCUCCUGGCAGCCGAUCACACAGAAGAAAGAUAUUUAAAUCGUGAAAUCCUGAUUGAACACUCACAAGGAAUCUUGUGCAGUGUGGAAUUUCGUCACAAUGAGACCUUGGGAGGG